UCUCUUCAAUCAGAGAAGAGGACCCCACAAAUCCUCCGAUUCUUCCUCGGGCCUUCCUUUCUUCUUCUUCUUCUUCUUCUUCUUCUUCUCCUAAGGGGGGAGAAUCAUCUCUGUCUCAAUCCAUCUCUACAUAGCCAUGUCAAGUUCUGGUGCUCCUUCUCACAAGGCUCUGAGCAAGAUCGCGUGUAAAAGGCUUCAGAAAGAGCUUGUGGAAUGGCAAAUGAAUCCACCUACGGGGUUCAAACACAAGGUCAAUGAUAAUCUCCAAAGAUGGAUAAUCGAAGUUAUUGGAGCUCCAGGAACUUUGUACGCGAACGAAACCUAUCAGCUUCAAGUUGAUUUUCCCGAGCACUAUCCUAUGGAGUCACCGCAAGUGAUUUUUCUCCUUCCGGCUCCUUUGCAUCCCCACAUUUACAGCAAUGGGCAUAUUUGCUUAGAUAUUCUGUAUGAUUCGUGGUCUCCAGCCAUGACGGUGAGUUCUAUCUGCAUCAGCAUCCUCUCCAUGCUCUCUAGCUCGACUGAAAAGCAACGACCGACCGAUAAUGACAGAUAUGUGCAGAAUUGUAAGAACGGAAGAUCUCCAAAGGAGACGAGAUGGUGGUUCCACGAUGAUAAAGUAUAAACCAUCCAUCCAUCAAAACCAUAAAUGUAUAAUAAUCCAAAACAGUCAUGAGGUUUGUUUGUUGUCUAAUUUUAAUUUAAUAAUCGGGUUUAAAGCUUCGCUAGACCCAUAUCAAAAUCCGUGAUGAUGUAGAAAAUUUAAACAGUAACAUAUUACUAACUUGAAUCUUCCUAA